UCUGAGUCAACUCGCUGUUCCCGAAUCAUAUUAAAGAUUCGUUCAAAAUGAACGAUUCCUUCACGAACGACACAUCACUACGCAGUGCGCCAGCACUUAAUUAAGUUCUCUCUCACAGUUUUUGCUCUUGUAACACCACGCACUUCCCGCUCUGUAUUCUCGCAUUCACAUUAAAAAAUAAAAUAGAUAAAUAAACACUGAAUGUGGUACACACACAUAUUUACAUAUUGUGAUAUUUAGCAAUAUCUCAAUAUAUCUGAAUAUAUGGCAUUUCAUAGGUAUAUACAUGCACUACAUAUACAUGUUUACAUGGUAGUUUAUUAAUCAGAGUAUUGUCUUAAUCGGGUUAAUAGUGGAGUAUUGUUGUCCAUGUAAACGCACUGAUUGACUCCCUUCCAUACAGACAGCAAUACACCAUGACAUCAACACACGAUGACAUCACGACCUAUGACAUCAAAUUCUAAAUUACAAAUUUGUUUUGAUUCAAACCGGUCAGUGAUCAUUGUUGUCCACAAAACCUGAGAAGACGCACACAGCCCAACCAGGAGACCAAAUUGUUGUGGAAAUCAUCAAAGAAACACUCACAGACCUCUGACGUCCUCUGAAGAUCUUUUUAGCUGAUAUGGAAAACACUGAUGCAACUUUUGGCACCUUCAUCAACCCCAACUACUUCCCUGGAAAGUUGUGGCGUUUGGUGAACGAUCCCCAGAUUUGCUCAGUCUGGUGGGACAACAGCGGGGAAGGGAUACUUGUUCAUCAGGAAACAUUCGAAGCCGAAGUGCUAUUGUCCCAACCCACACAUUUGUCUGAGUACUUCAGGACAACUGACUUCAUAAGUUUCGUUCGCCAGCUGAACCUGUACGGCUUCAAAAAACAACGCACGAACAUCUCGGACAAGCAGUCGUACAACUCUUCGAUUAAAGCCCAACUGCACCAUUUUCAAAACCCGUACUUCAAACGGGAUAAGCCCGAGCUCCUGCUCGAUAUAAAGCGACGCACGCCUCUCAAUAAGGCCAAGCUCGCCGGCUUAAAGGUGACGGGCAGGACGCCCAGACGUUUCUAUCACGUGAUGCAGAAUUCAGCACAGGAAACCUCUGGCUUAAUGAGAACAGGUUCAGUCUUGCUUGAACAUCAGGGAACCCCUUACCACCAUCCCUGUAAUGUCCCUCAGCAGGAGCAGAGGAGCAACACACCUCAUCACUCACAGUACGGAUUUUACACACCAGUGUAUCAGCGCUGUAGCCCAGACGUCUUGGAUUCAAGAGUGCCAUGCUCUCAACAACCAGCUGCUUCCUGCUCUCCUAGUGGCUAUCACCCUGACUACUCAGUCGGAUACGCUGACCCGAUCGAUCAGGAUCCAUACUGGAGAGCAGGUGAUGUUCCAGAGUCCAGGACGAGUGACCUGGGCAUAGAGAAAGAGGAACUGGACGCUAUAUUAGAGCUGGCGUUGGACAUGCAGGAUGAAGUUGAUGUCUGGACGUUGCUGCAGCUAUCACUCACCUGUUAAGACAGCUUGAGUGGGUGAUACGAACCCGUAGUGGUGCUACGAAAAAUAAUCUGCCAAACAAAAUGAAUCAAAGAGACAGAGACUGAAUGCAGUCGAUACAAAAAAAAAUCAUUUGUAAAAUAGACAUUUGAUUGAAUGACAGUUUACAGUUUUUAUGUGUAUUUUAGGAAAAUAUAAGAUGUAAAUUAUGUCCAAGUCACUUGAGAACAUUACUGUAAAUUAAUGUAAUCCUACAGCUCUCUAGAUUAUUUGUUGUAAUAAUAAUAAUAAGGAGAAUUGUGUUUCCCAUUUUUUAGACCUGAAUGUUAUAAAUGUU